AUGAAGAAAGUUGUAGGUGAGAAAUAUCGUCUUGGCAAGAAGAUUGGAGCAGGUAGCUUCGGCCAGAUUUAUACUGGCGAAGAUAUUAAUACACAUGAAAAAGUUUCAAUAAAAGUCGAACCAUGCAACUGCAAGGUCCCACAAUUAAGCUACGAAUCAAAACUAUACAUGCUCUUCUCAGGCUGUACCAAUGUUCCAAAAUUUUAUUGGUUCGGCGUUGAAGAUGACAAUAAUUAUAUGGUUAUUGAUCUGUUAAAUAAAUCUUUGGAAGACUUACUCCAUAUAUGUGGUGGAAGGAUGUCUCUUAAAACCGUUUUAAUGUUAAUAGAUCAAAUGAUUUCGAGUGUAGAAUAUCUUCAUAACAAAAAUUUCGUUCAUCGUGAUAUAAAGCCAGACAAUUUUCUCAUGGGACGAAAAGAAAAUGCAAAUCAAGUGUAUAUAAUUGAUUUUGGUCUUUCUAAGUCAUUCUGUGAUACGAUAACUCAUAAUCAUAUUCCAUUUAGUGAUGGAAAGAGCUUGACUGGCACUGCAAGAUAUGCAUCAGUCAAUGCCCUUCGUGGUGUUGAGCCAUCACGUCGAGAUGAUAUGGAAUCGCUCGGUUAUGUUUGGAUUUACUUGUUGAAAGGAAAUCUUCCUUGGAUGGGCCUUGACGCAAAAGACAGAAAGACUAAGUAUGAUAGAAUCUGUCAAGUUAAGGCUAAUACAAGCCUCGAAGAACUUUGUGGAGAAUUUCCAGAAGAAUUUACCAAUUAUUUCAAUUCAGUGAAAUCUCUUCGCUUUGCAGAAACUCCUAAUUACGCAUUAUACAAAAAGAUGUUUAGAUGUCUCUUCCAAAAGCUUGGAUACGAAUAUGAUUAUAAAUAUGACUGGUCGAACCCUCUUAAAGUUCCACGAUCCUUACCAAAGCCUUCUGCUCCUCAAGGAGAGGACGAAGAGAUUCCAAAGACUCAGAAAGUUAAAAUCCCGAAAAAUAUGAUUGUAGGAUCAAUUCCAAAGCCAGUGAAGACAAAGAAGUCAUCUGUCAGGCCAGAACAUGGUUCCAUAGCUUUGGAUUCCUCCUCAGGAUCAUUAGGAAAACCUGCAGCUCCUCCAAGAAGAAAACUUUCUCAGCCAGCAUCUCUCAACACAACAUCGGCUUUGGCAAGCGCUAGAAGGAAGUCUAAUGCAGGUUUGGGUAAGGAAAUUCCUCAUCCUGUGAAACGCCAAAAUUCUUCAAAUUAUUUGAUACCUCCUGCCCGCCAAACCAAUACAUCGGCUUUGGCAGCCACAAAGACUGGUAUUGGACAGCUUCCAAAAUGGAUGCUUGAUAGAUCUAAUAGAAAAUAA